GGCGGUAGCGCCCGCCGCCAUUUUGCCCGCUGAGGGCACGGCCCCGCCCCGGCAGCACGCGCCGCCAGCCCCGGCCACUCCCGCUCAUCCCGGCCUGGGCCCGAGCCGCUUCUCCAGCCUGGCCAUGCCCAAACCAGGCCAGGCUGGCGGCUGCAGACCUCAUUGCAACCCUCUUUUUUGUUGGUAUAAUUCGGUGCUUUUGGAUUCAAGCGGGGUUGAGGAUUGGUCUCUCUGGAGAGGGCACAGAUGCUGUAGUCAUCCUGGAAAAGACUCCUUUCCAGGAGGAGAAGAUCCCAGACCUGCUGAAGAAGCCCAUGAAUGCAGAGCUGCAGAUGCACAAUGACAUUUACUGUACCUUCUACCUGAGCCCUCCCCCGGAGCUGAGUGAGAUCAAAGCCACAGUGGUGUACCCUGCCACGGAGAAACACAUCCAGAAAUAUCUCCGUCAGGAAGUGCACCUCAUCCGUGAAACCUGGGAGGAUUACAAGAACAUAACCCUGCCCUUCAUCCAGUCCCAGAGCUUCAGCAUCCAGGUUGGCUUCCUGGGGCAUUGGUGCAGUUUGCUGGGCUUCUUAGGAGUCUCUGAGUUGUUGUGGAAAUGGAAAGGCAUAGAUUGUGUUUGUAUUCCUGCAUCACAGCUCAUUCCUCCUGCCAUUCAGCCCCUCAGUCCAUAUUCCAUAUGGAGGAGCGAGGGGGAUAACCAGAGCAGGGAUUACAGGCAGGCUGGAGGCUGGAACCUUAAGUGUGGAAGAAGAAGAGUGUGGGUGUAUAAUAUCCUGGAGAAGAAAGCUGAGGCUGAUAGAAUCAUCCAUGAAAACCCAGAUCCUUCCAAUGGCUUUGUUCUGGUUCCAGAUUUAAAGUGGAAUCAAAACCAGCACAAGUGUUCCUGUAUGGCACCAGGAUCCCUAAAUAACAGCCUGGGAAGCUGUGAAUGGUGUGUCAGGUCCAAAGCACUGCUGCCUCUUUCUGUGUCCCCUCCAUCCCCUCCUGUGUCUCUGCAGCUGGAUGAUCUGUACCUGAUCGCCCUCGUGCACCGCCGGGAGAUCAAAUCUCUGAGGGAUCUCACAGCUGAGCACCUCCCGCUGCUGAGGAACGUCCUGCAGGAAGGGAAGGAGGCCAUAGUGAAGCGCUUUGGCGUGUCUGGCUCCCAGCUGCGGAUCUACCUGCACUACCAGCCCUCCUACCAGCACCUGCACGUGCAUUUCACUGCCCUGGGCUACGACGCACCGGGCAGCUCCGUGGAGAGAGCCCAUCUCCUGGCUGAUGUCAUUGACAACCUGGCCAUGGACUCCAUGUACUACCAGAAACGGGCUCUGACCUUCCCCCUGCGGGCUGAUGAGCCCCUGUUUAAGAAAUUCCAGGAGGCAGGAAAAGUGUGAGGAGGCAGAGGCUUUUGUAUCAUUUUUUUUUU